ACGACGUCUUGACGUGUCAUCGGGCGCAGUGAGGGAAGUUUUCUUUUUCCAAAAUGUUGUAGAUAAAAUUCAUUAACUGCGAACAAUGUCCACUCUUUGUGCGAGCCAAAAUGCAAUGGAAAACACAUGGCACUGGUUUCAUCUUUAGCGUUGUGUUUAUCGCAUCAUAUUUCACAAAUAAGUUUGUUCUGUCUGUAUUAAAAUUCACCUACCCCACUCUUUUCCAAGGAUGGCAGACUCUCAUCGGCGCCGUGCUGCUGCUGCUCUGCGUGAAGCUCGGCUGGUUGGAAAUGAGCCACAUAAACAGAUCGGCCGCGCUCUCCUGGCUUCCCGGAUCACUCCUGUUUGUCGGGAACAUCUACUCCGGCUCCAGAGCUCUGUCCCGAAUGGACAUCCCCCUCUUCUUCACGUUCCAGAAUUCGUCCCACGUUGUGAGUUACAUCAUUGCGAGGGUCGUUCACAGACAGAGGGUCCAGUGGUUGAAAUUCAUCAGUGUUUGUCUCAUGUUGCUGUCGGCCGUGAACCUCCCCCCCAACGACCCUGGGUUUGACCUGAGAGCUUAUCAAUGGGCCGUGGCUCACCUCGUCUGUGUGGGUUCAUAUAGAGUUUUCAAAGUGAACCACAAAUCCCCUGGUUUGAGUGAUAUCGAGCAGCAGUGUAUUAACUACGUCUUCAGUGUGCUUCUGUUGGCCGUGGCAGCUCACCCCACAGGUGACCUCAUGGCCGCUCUUCAGUUCCCCUCACUCCAGUCGCACAAAUUUCACUGUGGAUGCUGCAUCAGUGCCUUGUUGGGAUUCCUGCUGCUGUUGGUCUCAGUCAAAAUUAAAAGUGGACUUUCGACAGAACAUCUCAAAGUCUGGAUGUUCGUCGCUAAGGUCACGGCCAUGUCCCUGUCUCCGUUCAUCUUUUACACCGACAUAAACGCUCCGUCCUUGGCUUGUGUGAUUACCAGUCACUGUGGAGAGGCGCUGCUGCUUUAUUCAGAAAGAGAUUCCAAAUAAUGAAACUGAAAACACUCCAGUCCAGCCUUUUGUCUUAAAGAGAUUUUUCAAAACUAAUUAUUUUCUUACCCUGUAUUUUUUAACGUAUUUACUAAAAAUAAAGCUAUAUUUAC